AUGGAGACAUUGAGAGACAAGACCCUGGAGGAAUUGGAGCAGAUGCAGAAUGACCCGGAAGCCAUCGAGCGACUGGCCUUGGAGUCCCCCAAGGUCCAGGAUCUGCAGCUGGAACGGGAGAUGGCGUUGGCCACGAACCGGAGCCUGGCUGAGCAGAACCUGGAGUUCCAGACGCCCCUGGAGUUGAGCCGCUCAAACCUCUUGGACAAGUACCAGGAGCUCCAGAAGCUGGUGGAGCGGUGCCGGGAACAGAAGGCAAAGCUGGAGACCUUUUCUUCAGCGCUGCAGCCAGGAACCCUGUUAGACCUUCUACAGGUCGAAGGCCUGAAGAUUGAAGAGGAGUCUGAGGCCAUGGCGGAGCAGUUUCUGGAGGGCGAGGUGCCCCUGGAGACAUUUCUGGAGAACUUCUUCUCCAUGAGGGUACUGUCUCACCUGCGCCGGGUCCGCGUGGAGAAGCUCCAGGAGGUGGUGAGGAAGCCCAGGGCGCCCCAGGAGCCGAUCGGAGAUGUUCCGCCACCCCGGCCACCACCUCCACCUCGCCCGGCCCCCCAGGCGACACCCCCUGUGGCUGAAGAGCAGCCGCUGCCGCUGCCCCCACCAUCGGCUGGACCUCCGUACCCCUUGCCCUACAGUCCCUCUCCAGCCAUGCCUACAGGCCCCACUGCCCAGGGAGUGCUGCAGCCAGCCCCCUUCCCUGUGGUCUCCCAACCCUCCUUCUCCUACAGUGUGCCCAUGGGCCCCACGUUCGCACCAGCCCCACCUGGAGCCAGGCCUGUGGGGGGCUAUUCCUGGUCCCCACAGAGGAGCAUCCCGCCCCAGCCAGGCUAUCCCGUAGCCCCAGUUGGUGGCUCCCCAUCUGGCCCCGGGUACCCCAUGGCUGGCGGCCGGGCCCCCAGUCCUGGGUAUCCUCAGCAGCAGCCCCCCUACCUCUCUGCAGGAGGGAAACCUCCAUACCCCACCCAGCCCCCACUCCCAAGUGUCCCAGGACAGCCCCAGCCCCCCUACCCCUCAGGGCCUGCCCCUCCCUAUGGAUUCCCUCCACCAGUCUGGCCUAGGUACUAG